AUGGGUGUAGAGUCAGUAACGAUUGGAAUUCGAUCGCCAUUAGAGAAGGUCGACGACGGUACGGUCAACGAUGAAUGUAAGUUUGACUACUUAGUAGUGGGUGCUGGAUCUGCUGGAGCUGUUAUAGCGAACAGACUAUCUGAGGAUGCACAGAGAACAGUACUGCUUAUAGAGGCCGGGUUACCAUCGUUAGUGGCUUACCUCAAAAACUCACCAAUUGAUUGGAAUUUUACAAGUACAGACAAAGUAUGUACACAUCAUAAUUGCGAUUUCCCUGCUUUAACUCAAGGGAAAAUGUUGGGAGGAUCCAGUAGUCUCAACUAUAUGAAUUACAUUAGAGGAUCUCCGAGCGACUACGAUGCUUGGGCUGCUCUACUGAAUGAUGAAUGUUGGACUUUUAGUAACGUACUACCCGAUUUUAAAAAAAGCGAAAGAUUUCUAAGUUUCAAUUCUAUUACUUCAGAAGCUCGGAGCUUUCAUGGAGCAGAUGGAUAUUUAGGAGUAACAAAAGCUCAACGCAAGGAAGAUGCAAUAUAUUUGAAAGCAUUUCAUGAACUUGGUCACAAAAUAGUGUCAGAUGUCAAUGGUGAUUCUAUGUUGGGUUUUACAGAACCUAUGUUUACAUACGAUAAAACUGCUCGUCAGAGUGUUGAAGUGAACACGAAUAAUGAAAAGCGUAUAUUCUAUGCUCAAAAAGAAGUAAUAAUCUCAGCUGGAGCUUUCAAUUCACCUAAACUUCUCAUGUUAUCAGGAAUAGGGCCGAAAAUACAUCUAGAGCAAUUUGGUAUUAAAACAAUUUCAGAUCUUCCUGUUGGAGACAAUUUACAAGAUCAUGCCGGUACUCCGGUAAUAAUUUCUAUGGAGAAUUUAAAAAACCCAACUACUAUUCCUAACCCACAUGAUUAUCCAGUUUCCAUGACCCAUGGUUAUGUAACAUUAAACAAACAAUCCCAAAUCCCUGACUACCAAGCAUUAAAUUAUGUUGUAAAUUCUGAAGCAUUUCCUAUGUACUGUGAAUUAACUUGGGAUUAUAAGAAAUCAGUUUGUGAUCAACUAAAUCCACAAAAAGCCGAUAGCCCGAUAUUAUUUGGCGUCAUCAACCUUUUGCAUCCAAAAUCUAGAGGAAAGGUUUCAUUGAAAAGCACAAAUCCUUUGGACCCUCCAGUGAUUGAGGCUGGAAUGUUCUGUGAUAAAGAAGAUCUUGAAAAUAUUGUUGAGUAUGUUGAAGACUAUAUUAGUGUGGUUAAUACAACGACAUUUAGAGAGGCCGGAGCAAAAAUUGUUUACUUGAACUUUCAAGAUUGCACUCAUGAACAUGGUAGCAAAGAUUACUGGAAGUACUACGCGUCAAGUAUGUCUUAUUCGUAUUUUGAUUUUGUCGGCACCUGUUCCAUGGGUUCAGUUGUUGAUUCGCGGCUGCGCGUUAUUGGAGUUCAAAACCUUCGAGUGGCAGACUCUAGCGUUAUUCCUAUCAUUACAAGUGGGAACAUGAAUGCCCCAACAAUCAUGAUUGGAGAAAAAGCGGCCCAAAUGAUUAAGGAGGACAAUGCUAAUUAA